GCUGCAGUAGAGUGGAGUACUAGCUGGUUAAACAGUUAAACAUGAGUUGUUCAGUCCAGCUGUGUUAUACGUAUUAUUACUGUAAUGACAGAUAAAUAAAAGUUAAGUUGUUUAGUGGGUUUCAAAUUCCAGAAUAUAAUACAGACUGGAAAAGAAUAAAACAUGUCUGCUAACGAGGAGCAGGAGAUGGAACUGGAGGCUCUGCGAUCAAUUUAUGAAGGGGAUGAUUGCUUCAAGGAGCUGAGUCCGACCUCCUUCCAGUUCAGGGUAGGAGAUCUUGAUGAAUCUAAAUCAUUCAUGCUGGAUGUCUCAUGGCCAGAAACGUAUCCUGAAACCGCACCUCAUAUAUCCUUAGAUGCCUUCUUUAACAACAGAAUCUCUUCAGAGACCAAGAAUUAUAUAAUCUCUAAGAUGCAAGAGCAGGUGGAGGCAAACCUGGGCAGUGCAAUGAUGUACACUCUUUUUGACUGGGCCAAAGAGAACCAGGAGAUGCUUAUGGAGAAUCACCAGCCUGUAGUGUCUGCUGUGACAGUUACACUGAACAGUGAUUUAAGCAGUCCAGUUUCCGUUAGAAAGAAAAAGGAGAAGAAAGAACAGCUAACAAAGGCACAGAAACGCAAAAUGAUUGGAAGAACUGAUAACAAGGGUGAAUUGCCCAGAGGCUGGAAUUGGGUUGAUGUGAUUAAGGUAAUUUGUGACCAGCUAACAUUAUUAUUAAAAACUGCAUUAUUUGAAUUAUUUAAAGAUAUUGUUUCUUCAAAAUACAAACACAUUAAUCAUUUCUUUUCAAUUUGUGUUCCUGCUUUCAUUGUCUUCCAACAGCAUCUGAGCAAAACUGGGGGAAAGGAAGACAGCUAGAGAAACUCCUUUAGACAUCUGAAGUUUUAAAGUCAAAGUAAAUGGAUGGAAGGACAGAUGGACGAUAAAAUGUCUAAAAUGACUUGUAUUUUAAAGAAAGGCGAACUAAAUCAUCGUUCGAAUUCUAAAGCUGCUGUUUUAUCUGUGCCACUAAGACUCCGGGACUAGAUGUUCUCUUUCACUAGGAAUAGACAGUAGUGGAUGGCAGUCCACAGUAAUUUUGCCAAAGUGAUAGUAAGAAUUAACUAAACACAGUUCAAGCAACAUCUGAUGGCGUGUUUGAAUCGCUGUUACAAGGAGAACCUUAUCAGUCAGCUAGACCAGAGUUUGAUUUAUAUCAACAACACUGCCUAAAGGUUUGCACAAAAUGAUAACAUCAGCAGAUAAUUGGUGCAGUGUGGUUUGAUCAGGUGAACCUCAGUUUAUAUUUGUACCGGUUUUUAGCCUUUUUUUCUCCUCCCGAUUAUUUAUUGUGUUUACUUUUUGACACAAUAUAAAAAGUUAUUAAAUGUU